AUAUAUAUAUAUAUAUAUAUAUGAGAUAAGCAACGUGAAAAGCAUAAGUUAAUUUAUGUCUAAUUAGAAUGUUUGACAGUCAGCAGUCAUAAAAUAGGUUAAUGACUCAAAACAAUAUAGACAUUAAACUAAUUGUCAAUUUCUGAUUAAAUUAUUAUCAAAACUACUAAUAAAAAAUUAUAUUAAAGCAAUAUUUGUUGUUCAUCCAAAAAGUAAACACGAAUAAAUAUGACUACAUUUUCUCAGUUUCACCUGCAUAGCAAACUAGUGUGAUAAUGAUUUUAUUUAAUUUUCAAUUUUUAAUACAUGUGGAAAAAAAUUUACAAAAUGGAGAAAAAAAAGAUCAAAGUUACCCCAUGCUGCCAUGUGUCCUUUUUAUAUGAUACUUUUAGCAUUUUCAUCUAAAGCAAUAAAAGAAUUGAAAUCCAUUAAUCUAAUUAAGUACUAACAAUAUUUUUUCCUAGCUGUUGUUCUUCAAUUCCAAAAAAAAAAAAGGUGAGGGCCUGGUCAUUUAAGCCCUGGGUCCAGUGAUCCAGUCUAGUGAUGGUCUACGUGCUUCCUCCCUGGUACCUGUCAGAUUUCAUUUAUUCUUUCAUUCACUACGUACAACCACCGCAAAGGCAAGUCCAUUAAGAGAACAGACUGAAAUGGUAACUUGAGCUCAAACAACGCUGCAAUGGCGGAGGAGGAGAAGAAGAAUGAAGGUCAUAUUGUGAUGGUCCCUUUCAUGGCUCACGGUCAUCUCAUACCAUUUCUAGCUCUAGCUCGGCUGAUCCACCAACAAACUUCCUUCGCGAUCACCAUAGCCAACACCCCUCUCAACAUCCAGCACCUCCAAUCCGCCAUUUCCUCUUCUUCUUCUUCCUUCUCCAAUCUUCACCUUGCUUCUUUACCCUUCGAACCCACCAGCCAUGGCCUUCCACCCAACAUUGAGAACGCGGAGAAAAUCCCUCCUUCUCUAUUUCCAAAUCUGGGCCUUGCAGCUGUGAGCCUUCAACCCCAUCUUCGGUCCUUAAUCUCCAGAAUCACUGAAGAAGAAGGUCGUCCGCCUCUCUGCGUCAUCUCCGAUGUCUUUUUGGGCUGGGUUUCCGACGUUGCCAAGAGUUUCGGUUCUAAGAGUAUUACGUUCACCACCUGUGGUGCCUAUGGAACCUUUGCUUACAUGUCUAUUUGGUUGAACCUCCCUCAUCGAAAAACCGACUCCGACGAGUUUUAUGUUCCGGGGUUCCCUGAAAACUACAGAUUCCAUCGCUCUCAGCUUCAUCGGUUCUUGAGACAAGCCAAUGGCACCGACAACUGGUCCCGAUUCUUCCAAACCCAAAUCGCUCUUUCUAUGAAAUCCGAUGGGUGGAUUUGCAAUACCGUCGAAGAAAUCGAGCCGUUAGGAUUACAGGUUCUGAGAAAAUUCAUUGGAUCCCCUGUCUGGACCAUCGGCCCUCUUCUUCCUACAAAUUCGGGCAUGGAUUCGAAGCAUCGAGCAGGCAAGGAACCAGGAAUUCCUCUUCAACAAUGCAUCGAAUGGCUUAAUCUGCAACCUGAGCGCUCUGUUCUUUACAUUUCCUUCGGCUCUCAGAACUCGAUCAGUGAAACCCAGAUGAUGUCGCUGGCUCUGGGAUUAGAACAGAGCGGGAAAACGUUCAUCUGGGUUAUAAGACCACCUUUUGGGUUCGACAUGAACAGAGACUUCGAAGCAGAGUGGUUACCAGAGGGAUUCGAAAACCGAACGAAAGAAACCAAAAGGGGGUUACUGAUUCGAAAUUGGGCACCCCAGUUGGAGAUUCUAUCACACAAGUCAGUAGGCGCAUUCCUGAGCCAUUGUGGGUGGAAUUCUGUGUUGGAAAGUCUGAGCCAUGGAGUGCCCAUAAUAGGGUGGCCAUUAGCAGCUGAGCAAGCUUACAAUUCGAAGAUGGUGGAGGAGGAGAUGGGGGUGGGAGUGGAGCUGACGCGCACCGUAGAGAGCGUGAUUUCUGGGGAGGAAGUGAAGAAGGUGAUAGAGAGGGUGAUGGAGAGAGGAGAGGGGAUGAGGAAGAAGGCGAGUGAGAUUGCAGAGCAGAUCAGAAGAGCAGAGGAAGAAAACGAAGGAUCUUCCGUAAGAGCAAUGCAUGAUUUUGUGAGAAAAGUUGUAUCCUAAUUUGGCGGGUUAGUCGGUUAAUUUUGAAUUGCUUGGUCGGUUAUGAAUUAUGAUAAUAAACUAUUAUGAAUCGUUAAGUGGACUGAUUAAUUUAUGAUAAAUGAAAUAAUUUAUUUACAAACUAUCAAGAAGGCUUGAAUAUU